AUGUCAACUUUGACAGAUUUUAAUUUUCAUGCAGAAAUUGCACAAUUAAUUCGAUCGAAUUGUAUAAACAAACCUUUACAAACUGAUGGGAAGAUCCAAUCAAACAGAAACACCAAACACACGUCUUCACGGUUCGAGAUAUUGAAGCAAACUAAAUGUUGCUCAAAAUUUAUGUUGUUAAAGUCAAAUGAGAGAGAAAAUUAA